GAAUUCGAAAACCAGCCUUCCACCUUGAAUCGCCAUUACUGCUGCUUUUUUUUUUGCCCAAAUUAUUUUCAACGCCCCUCGCCUCCGAAAACCCAGGAAAGAAAUCCCACCAAAACAUAAGUUCUUAAGUUUAUGGUCGCCUAAAAGAUAAGAAUCUUGGGGAGCUGUUGGCGUUUAGGAGAUUGCAGUGGACAUUCUUGUUGCUACAAAAUUACAACUUGACUAAUUUUCAAGAGGUUAAGUUAUCUUACCAUUGGCUGCAUGCAUCUGUAAAAUGACAACGAGAAUGGAGUGCCACGUAUGUGGUAAUUUUAGCUUCAAGGAUGGUGGCGAUGGCUUCUAUUAUUGCAGCGUCUGCAGCUCACAAGCUGAUGAUAUUGUUGACACUGGUGUUGAUGACGAGGACCUCUUUGGCAACAAAAUCUACAGUCAGACUGCCCAUCGUUCCCAGCCCACAACUGCUGCUGCAGCCGAGGACAUUUCUCAAUUUAAACAAACACAAUCCCAGCAAAAUUUGCUUCAAGACUUGGUGGUGGAUGCCGAUACUGAUGCAGGAGAUGGAGUUGGGCCUACUGGGCCUAGUGAUUUUGGGUCAUAUCCCGAGAAUUUAAGCUAUGAUGACUAUUAUUCAGAGAUAAGGUCAAGGUAUUUGAUGGGGUAUCAGAUAUUGAUCCAGUUGCAGUGUAAGGCUUUGGUUGAGAAGUUCAAAGUCAGCCCAUUGAUCAUUGGUCUGGUGGGACCAAUAUGGUUAAGAUAUUUAGCUUUCACAAGGAUAAUGGCUGAUGACUGGGCAGAUCAGGUUAUUCAUGAAUCAGAGUCUCAAAAACAAGGGGAUGCUGCUGAUUUUCAUCCUCCCGCUAAACAAAGUAAAGAGCCACACAAUAUAUUUGGACAGAGGGCUGUUACAUUAUGGCAUAUAUCCCUCCGCAGAACAAUCCCAUUAUCUCAUUCUUUGGCUAUAAAUUUUCUUGUUUGUCUUCUGGCAAGAGAGGCAAUCUUGCCAACAGAUAUACUAAAAUGGAUUCUUGAAGGAAAACUUCCAUAUUUUGCCGCUUUUGUUGAAAUUGAGAAACAACUUGGACCUCCUCCUAGUGCCUGUCCUAUCAGUUCUAGUCAUAUGUUUAGACCUAAAACAACUAUGUCAGCUCAGAAGUUGGAGGCACUGGCAGGGUCUAUUGCUCAAAAAAUAAAUCUAGAAUUGCCUCCAGUGAAUUUCUAUGGUAUAGCUUCCCGCUUUGUUGGGCAGUUAUCUAUUCCUGUCAAAAGCAUUCUCCAACAGGCAUUUCGAAUAUAUGAGUGGUCUAUGCCUCCUGAGUUGUAUAUAUCAGCAAACAUUUUAAGGCUACCUACACGCAUAUGGGUGAUGUCUAUACUGAUAGUGGCAAUAAGAAUUCUCUAUAAUUUAAAUGGUUCUGGAAAGUGGGAAAAGAGUUUGUCUAGUUCCAGGAGCUCAUCAUCAUUGGCUGGUAAGGAUGGAAAACAACCUACACAUGCCACUAAUAUGACUGAUGAUGCUGAGAAGGACUUGUCAUCACAUGAUUUGUGCCUUCGUGACAAUGCAUCAGAUGAUGAGGAAUUUGAAUUGGAUGCUGUAGACCUUCUAAAGAUUCUUGAAACUAAGUAUGACAAUCUCAGAGAUACAUAUGAUUAUUCAAAAGGUUUGACAUCAUAUCUGCAACACUGUAAGGAUGUGGUGUUUGCUGGUUCAGGACAAUCCUUUGAGGAUUAUGAAGAAGAAAAGAUAAUAGAGGAUUUAUGGGAGUUUUAUCAGAAUAAGGGUGUUGAAUGUCUGGAAGAUCAAGAAAUGAACUCAUUUCAAGAUAGUGGUUUGCACCAAAAGAGAUCCAUGGACGACAUAAGAAACAUACAAAUAAAAAACAAAGAGUGUCGAUACUGCAAGAACAACCUAUCAGAAGAUGGCUCACAAUAUAGUAUGGAUGAGAAGAACUAUUCUUCCAGGUUUGAAGAUUCAUCCCAUGAAGGUCGAUCUUCAAUGGAGUCCCGCAAGGUUAAAGCAAUAAGAGAACUGAAAUUAGAUAUGGAAACGAACAGAUUUGCCUAUAUUCCUCCUAGGCAAGUAAUUAUGAGUCAAAGAUACAUCAGUUAUAAUAGGAGAAGAAUAGAAGGUGCUUUUGUUUAUGCUGCCCAUGCAGACUAUUAUAUCUUACUUCGUGCCUGUGCAAGGGUAGCCCAAGUUGAUGUUAGAAGCCUGCACAUAGGUGUAUUGGAGUUUGAAAAGAGAUUGAAGCAACUGGAAGAGAAAAUGGGCAAAUGCUUGCAUCUGAAAAUACCCAGCGGCAGUUCUGGUUUCUGUGCUAAUGAAGAUGAUUAAAGUCCUACGAAUGACUGAACUAUUUUUGAAGUAACAGGAUGUCCGUUGGUGUUCUCUCAUCACUUUUCCCCAAGAAAUUGAACUACUGGAAACUCAUCCUUUGUAUGGGAAGCCCAAAAAGUAUGUCUUUGCUUGUGGAAACAUUGACUAGCACCUGAAUAUGUAAAUAGACCGGUGAACUACUGCAAUUUUGCUAGCUACAUAACCCAGACUGAUUCUCAAGUAUGGCAUGCUGCUAUGUGAUACAAGUUUUAAUAGCUAUGAGCAUUCAGGGUGAUAUCAGCUUUACUGUGAAUAGUAAAGGAGAAAGGUCAAUAGUCUAACAGGAGAAACUGAAAUGCGCUGCUUUUUUGUCACUUAUGGGUGGAAAAGACCGAAGUCUUUGCAGGCCUGUGUACUUACCUACCCUCGAAGUUGCAAGUACAGAGCUCUUGGCAGGUCUCAUUUGGAACUUGCCAUCACAAUGCACCAAUCGAAAGCAUCCUUGAAGUAUGCAGGUUCUUCAGAGAAGCUCUGCUUGGUCACAAUGUGUGCAUGUAUCUCGAAAACAUGUUGUGGAGAAAUUUUUGGACAGGGGUUUGGAGGCAAAACUGUGGAAACCACAUUUAGCAUAUGUCUAGUUUGAGAAGAAACAUCUUUAAAAUAGGACGUUACUGACGUUUGAUUAAUGAACUUACCUCUAUAUGGCAUAUACUGCAUAGAGUAAGGAAUGCCGGACCUCAGACAGUAAUGAGCUACCUACAUGCUAAAUACCAGUAAGUUUCUUAACUUUCAGGAGUAGGUCAAUAGAACAAAGAGUCCUCUUUAAUUGUGCAUACCAUUGUGUACUAUCUCUAGCAGUCUUUUCGCACUUCUGGAUUAUGGUAGAAUUCUACCACUGAUGACAAGAUUAAGUUGUUCGUCCAAUUAUCUAAA